AUGUCAAACCAACGCCCAACGAGCGAUCUGCCUGGCAGUCAGGGAGUCCCAGCAGAGGACGACCGGCAGCCUACCUCUUCUGUUGGAACCCCGAGCCUGGGUGGCAGCGGGACAUCCAGCGGCACAUCCAGUGCAAGUCUAGGCCAAGAACCCCAAGAACUAAGCCAUUAUCGCUCCCUGGUCAAGAAGCUGCUAGACUUCAUAGCUACCGGUGACGAGGACGCAAUGGCCAGCGUCAUCUCCUUAAUUCGUACCGGCGCCUCGCACGACCAGAUCCUUGAGGAAAUUGAUCGACUCUCCGUAGGCUCUGGCCUUGCGAACAGCAACACUAAUGGUGCCCACCCCGGUCACUCAUGA